UGGGCCGGGACGGAUCGAGCGUUUCGCGAAUCAUCGCGGUUACCGUGGAUGGGCCGUCGUUCUAUACGCGUCCAUUCAGUUGGCGCGCGAAUAGCCUGGUGAAAAAUCGAGGGAGGAAAAAAAAAAAAAAGAAGAAAAAAAUGUUCGAUAUUGAAACGGGUGGUGCGCAAGGAUGGUGGAGAAAGGAAGCGUUGGAGUGUAAUGCCAACGACUAAAACUCGUAAAUAGAAUACAACGCCUUGCCCGGCUAUUGUAUUUAUAUUCUCUUUUCGCGACGAUUCCUUUUUCCCCCCAACAAAUUUUGUAUCCUUGCCCGCUUUCAAACGAAACAUCGCGGAUCAAAGCGGAUCCUAUUCGCGGCUGUCGUUCGCGAAAGAAAAAAAAAAAGAAAGAAAGAAAGAAACACGGAUCGAGCAGAGUACGAGUUUCGUUUGUGCCGAUACCGAUGCGACACCGAUGCGAAGAUCGGUUUCAACGAUAUCUUCCCCCGUUUUCUUUUAAACUCGCGACGUUACAAGAAAACCUAGAGGGAUGGUCAUGUACAAUGGAACGUUGGAGAGAAUGGAGGCGGCGAAAAAAUACGGAAGAAAGAUAAAGGAAAAGGGGGGAGGAAUAAGAGUAUUGACGUGUGUAUAGAAAAAGGAAGAAAAUAGAGAGAGAGAGAAAGACGAUCGUAGCGGGUGGCAGGUAUACGCAUCGCGUGUUUUAUGAUUAUGUACGUCGCAUGACGUCGCGCACCGUCUGGGAGGACUUUCAUUGAGCGGACAAACCCCCUAGGCACGGAUUCGAGAGGAAAAAAAAUUGUCGAUACCACGGGGUGGUAGAUAGGAGGAAGCUGAAUCGACGUAACGGUCUACGCCAGGAUGGCCAGUUGGCCGCUGAGAAUCGUGCUUCUGUCCAGCACCCUCAUCCUUGUCCGCGGGCGGGGAGUGGUGCUGGACAGUCAGGGGCCUGUGUUGAUCUCGGAGCCACGCUCCUCGGUUGAAUUCUCGAACGAGACCGGGGCCAUGAUCCAUUGCUCGGCCCAGGGCAGCCCGUUGCCGAGGAUUGAUUGGCUCAUGGGGGACGAGUCGCCUGUCCUCCCUAUACCUCACAUACGCGAGAUGCUGGUCAACGGUUCCAUGUACUUUUUGCCGUUCGGAGCGGAGACCUACCGGCACGACGUCCACUCGGCCGUCUACAGAUGUCAAGCCUCGAACAGCGUCGGUAGGGUAUUGGGCCGUGAAAUCACGGUAAAGGCCGUCGUGCGUCAAAAGUACGAGGUUCAAGUGCGAGACGCCUACGUCCUACCUGGAAAUACCGGUGUGCUCAGGUGCGAAAUACCGACUUUCGUUAAGGAAUACGUGGCAGUCACGUCCUGGGUUCGAGAUUCCGCCUACAACAUCUUUCCAACGCCGAAAAGCGAUGACAGACAUCACAUGCUGCCGACUGGGGAACUCCUCGUGUUCUCGGUGACCUCCUCCGACGCCCAGUCCAGUUAUCGUUGCAGGACCGUGCACCGCGUCACCGGCGACACCGUGGAAAGUUCCUCGUACGCGAGGCUCGUGGUCACCGACCCUCAUACGCCAGUUCCGCCGAGAUUCAACGAACGAGUGAGUCCAGCGCCUAUAAGGACGGGGGAGACGAUCGUCCUUUCCUGCAUCUCGCAGGGGAUCCCGCCACCCAUGUAUCUAUGGUUUCGCGAGUCCGUGACGGGGACUGCGAUGAUCUUCAAUUCGGAGAGGAUCUACGCGAGAGCAGGGGUCCUCGUGUUGCAGUCGGCGAGGGCGGAGGACGCGGGGCGAUACGUGUGCCACGCCAACAAUACGGCCGGUUCCGAGAUGGUCGAAUUGGAAGUCUCCAUUAUAAGCAGCCUCUCCAUCCACCUGGUGCCUCAACAGGUGACCGUCGACCUGGGCAAGGACGCGGAAUUCCAAUGCUCGGUCACCGGCCAGCCAAUCCCCGUCAUAUUCUGGACCAAGGACGGGCUUCCCGUGGGAGAGAGCGCCUCUGGUAGAAGCAAGAUCACAGGCAACGACGGAUCCACGCUGCGCAUUUCCUCGGUCGUGAGGGACGACAAGGGGAUGUACCAAUGCUUCGCGAAGAACGACUACGAGAUGGUCCAAGCGACCGCCGAGUUGCGUCUGGGGGACGCGGCGCCGCAGCUUCUGUACAAAUUCAUCGAGCAGACCAUCCAGCCCGGCCCUUCGGUGUCGCUCAAGUGCAUCGCCACCGGGAACCCGACGCCGCACUUCUCCUGGACCCUGGACGGUUUCCCUCUUCCGCAGAACGACAGGUUUAUGAUUGGGCAGUAUGUGACGGUGCACGGGGACGUGAUAUCGCACGUGAACAUCAGCGUGGUUCACGUGGAGGACGGAGGGGAGUACCGGUGCACAGCGGCGAACCGGAUGGCGAAGGUACACCAUUCGGCUCGUCUCAACAUUUACGGCCUGCCCCACGUACGCCCGAUGGGGAACUACGCCGCUGUGGCCGGCGAGACCACCGUCAUCAAAUGUCCGGUCGCUGGUUUCCCAAUAGCGAGCAUCACUUGGGAGAAAGACGGGAAGGUGUUACCGACGAGUCGACGUCAGGAAGUGUUCCCGAACGGUACGCUGGUGCUGCAUCACGUCGACAGAAGCACCGAUCACGGCGCAUACACGUGCACGGCGAAGAACAAACAAGGUCGCUCCGACUCUCAGACGGUCCACAUCGAAGUGAAAGUUCCACCCACGAUAGCUCCCUUUAGCUUUAACAAGGAUCUGUCGGAGGGCGUGCGUGCUCAGGUAACUUGCAUGGUCGAGAAGGGCGAUCCUCCGUUCACGAUCGCCUGGUCCAAGGACGGCGAGGCGAUCGCCGGGCCGAGUCCAGCUGCUGCAGGCUUCGGGAACACCGGGAUAACCGGUCCCAGACACACGCAGACACCCGCCGGGCUACGCGUAACCAACAUUGACGCCCAUUCCAGUACCAUAGUUAUCGAGCGCGUGAGCGCGGCGCACUCGGGCAACUAUACUUGCAUGGCGCGCAAUUCGGUGGCCGAGGUCCUAUGGACGGCCGAGUUGAUCGUUCGUGUGCCACCCCGUUGGGUGAUGGAGCCCCAAGAUGUCCGUGCCUCCGAGGGGAUGUCGCGGCUGGUGCUCCACUGCCACGCGGACGGAUUUCCGCCCCCGGCGGUCUCGUGGAGGCGGGCCAGCGGCAAGAAGCCUGGAAACUAUCGCGAUAUCGUGACGCACGAGCACGCCCAGAAUCUCAGGAUACACUCGAACGGGUCCCUGGUCUUUGGACGGGUGCAAGAGGACCACGAGGGAUUUUACUUGUGCGAGGCUGUGAACGGAAUCGGGGCCGGCCUCAGCAAAGUCGUGCACCUUACGGUGAAUGUACCCGCCCAUUUCGCGGAGAAACACCGUAACCAAACGGCGAGGCUAGGCUCGAGCGCUUCCCUCCGUUGCGAGGCGAAGGGUGAUCAUCCCUUGAAGAUACUUUGGAAGAAGAUGGGCGCACACCUGGAGCAGAAACUUUCCGACUAUCGGUACACGCUUAAGGAGGAGAACACGACCGACGGCAUAAUCAGCACGCUCGAGUUUAUAAGCACGAGCCGAGAGGACAGCGCGAGAUACUUCUGCAUAGCCUCGAACGCUUACGGCCGCGACGAAAUGACGAUCCACCUGUAUAUACAAGAGCCGCCUGAUUUCCCCCGGAAUCUUCACGUGAUCGAGAAAGGAAGUCGUUACAUCAACAUCAGCUGGACGACCAGCCAGGAUGGCAACAGCCCCAUCACCCAGUACAUCAUCGAGUACAAGACGGACACCGAAGUGUGGCACGAUCACACGUUUCACAUGACGGUGCCGGGCAGCCAGGCGCACGCUCACGUGAGCGGUCUUCGUCCAGCCGUCUCCUAUCAGUUCCGAAUAUACGCGGAGAACGAAUUGGGUCGUAGUCAGGCGAGCGACAUUUUGGAAACGACGACGGAAGGGGAGAAGCCCGGCGGCCCGCCGAGAAAUCUCAAGGUGGAUCCCGUCAGCUCGACCGAGUUCAACGUCACCUGGGACCCACCCGAUCAUGAUUUAUGGAACGGGGAGAUACUCGGUUAUCACAUCGGAUACAAGGAACAUAGGUUGGGAUCGGAUCAGUACACGUACAGAACGGUGGAAAGGCGAAUUUCGACGGCGAGCGUGGCCCUAGGCCUGGCCAGGAUGUCUAUGCCCGGCACGCAAUACCAAUUGACGAACUUGAAGAAGUUUACGAGGUACAGCGUGGUGGUGCAGGCGUACAACGUGCUCGGCCAGGGUCCCAUGACGCCGGAAGUGGUCGCCACAACCCUCGAGGACGUGCCGAGCAGCCCGCCGCAAGACAUCCGGUGUACAGCGUUGACCUCUCAAUCCCUUCAAGUCUCGUGGGACGCGCCCCCCGACUCGAGCCUGAACGGUAUCCUGAAGAGCUACAAGGUGAUAUGGGAGAACAUGAACGUGUUGACCGAGUCGCCCAAGUCGGAGACGAAGAUCACCAGUGCCUUGACCGUGGUGAUCCACGGCCUCGAGAAGUACACCAACUACUCUGUCCAAGUGUUGGCCUCGACCAGGGCCGGGGACGGGAUCGCUUCCUCGUCUCUGUACUGCGUCACCGAGGAGGAUCUGCCCGAGGUGCCCGCUGGCGUGAAGGCCGUGGUCAGGUCGGCGACGUCUAUUAUCGUGUCCUGGCAGCCUCCGCUCAGGAGCAACGGGAACAUCACGUCUUACAACGUUCAUAUCCGUUGGGUAAACCCGGAGGGGAAAUGGUACAAGCGGUCGUUGCCUCCGUAUCAGACCAGCUACCAGGUGGAGAAUUUGCACAAGAAGAAUCAGUACGAGUUCAGCAUCGCCGCGGUGACGUCGGUGGGCGAAGGACCCCAGACUCAACUCGUCACGGUUUCACUUUCCAGCGAAGUCCGUGCGGCGAUAUAUUCGUUCGGAACGGUGUUGGUCGUCCCGUGGAAACAGAACGUGACGUUACCGUGUCAGAGCGUGGGGAACCCCGAGCCGUCGGUCAUAUGGAAACAAUGGGGGCAGAUAGUGAAAUCGUCGAGCAGGGUGUCUUUGUUAUCGGAGGGCUCGCUCCAGAUCAUGGAUCUUCAUAGGGAGGACAGCGGAAAUUACACUUGCUACGUGAAGAAUCGCCACGGAUCCGAUCAGAUCACGCAUCGUUUAACCGUGCAAGUUCCACCCGCAGCCCCGUUGCUUCACGCGACCAGCGCGACGAGUAAUUCGAUCAACGUGCAGUGGAAGAACAGGGACGACGGUGGCGCCCCAAUCAGGGGUUACAUCCUCCACUACAAGCGGGAAUCGGGGGAAUGGGAGGAGAUGAAGGUCUCCCACAAGAUCAACAGUUUCGUGUUGUCGCGGCUGUGGUGCGGGAACGAUUAUCAAAUGUAUCUGACGGCGUACAAUCGGAUAGGCAUGGGCUCGCCGAGCGAGAUCGUGAAAGCGACGACGAACGGAUCGAAGCCGGAGAACUCGCCCAGCAACGGUGAUAAAUUCGUCACUGUGAACGUGUCGUGGAUCACUCUUCAUCUGAGCAUGUGGAACGACGGCGGAUGCCCUAUCACCCAUUUCGAGCUCGAGUACAGGAAGAACGGCGAAGAUAUUUGGACGUUGGUGUCGAAUAAUAUCGAGGUACAGAAAACGUACACGCUGAGCGAGCUUCAACCGGGGACCACGUACGACAUCCGGACGAGGGCGCACAAUAACGCGGGUUUUUCGGUCGCCGAGUACAGGAUAACGACUCUGCAACCUCACGUGAGCAGCACCGUGGCAUCCGUGGAGAUCGAUCAAUACAUACCCCAGCACACGUCCGUCUACUCGGAUCUGAAGCUGAUCAUCCCCCUGAUACUGAGUUCGCUGGCGAUCAUCGCCGCCGCCGGUGCCGUGUUCUAUUGUUUCCGUAAACGUCCAUUUAUAGGGGAGAUGGCGAGCCUUCACGACGCCCAGACUGCGGCCGCCUUGGACAAUAAGCAGAAUAUGGAGCAGCGUGAACAGUACUACGCGACCGUGCGCAAACCGCUUCGCUCGCCUAUACACGAGAUGGGUACCUUGGAAAAAAUUCCAGAAUACUCGGAGGACAUCUAUCCGUACGCCACCUUCCAGCUAGAGGAGAGCGUACCACCAGGGGGUGAUAGUCGAUGUAAUUCCGCGGCGCCUCUUCAGACCUUCGUCUAUCACGAUCCCCGUCUGUCCACAGCCGACACUCUUCAAUUACGAGAGUCGGAUUGCAACCGGUACACUAAGGUGCGCGGAGGCCGUUCGUCCUCUGCGCCGUUGCACAAAACGCACAAGGUCAGUCAGGGCAAGUCCGAGUCGGAGGAAUACGACACCCUGGGCUCGGACAGCGACACGGAAGUCGGGACCAGCAGCCGAACCGAGUCUUCAAAUCACCUCGUCGAUUCGCACCACUCGGUGUCUGCGGCCGACUCGCGUGUCCACAACUUCCUGUACCAUGGACCAGAAUCUAGCACGUCUACAGAACCCUCACCGAUUUUUGAGAGAAAAUCGUUUCCUGGAAGGGGAAGAUCCAAGAUGUUACAGCUGGCGCGUCAUACCAGCGAGGAGACCCGUUCCAACUUCGGCCCAAUCUCCGGGUUUGGCAAUCCCAAGCACCAGUCGAGCAAUUCCUGCUCCAAUCGGGACCAGGAGCGUGACGGAUCAGGGAAUCUGUUCGUCCCCAAGCUGGACCCACCCUCGGGCUUCUCCGACGCGUUUGAGCUAAGCGAGGCGGAGUGCGACCUCGAUCGCGGCCACACCAGCCAACGAAACGUCCGUGACUUUGUAAUCGCGGUGUAAAUAAAGUAACGAAGAAUUGUAGAGAAACCUCCACGAUGAUACCAAGCGAAACGAAACUCCCUCCCCCGUUUCAAAUAUCUCGAUGUAAAGGGGAGGGGGGAAGAAAAAAGAAAAGAAAAAAAGAGGAAUACCAUCGUGGUCCGUCUUUCGUUAAUUUAUUCAUCGGCCAUCGUGGCGAUCACGAUGGCAAUCGAUCGUGCGUGCUCCCCCGCCCUCCCCCGUUCGUGUUCCUGGCCUAUGUCGAUGGAAAAAAAAGAAAAAGAAGCGUCGAUCGUAUCCUAGAAACGAAACGAACGUACCUAUCUACGAACUCGAUCAUGAUGUAUUCUUCAAACUGCCAAUUUUAGUUUUUUUCGAUUACGAUCGGGGAAAAGAAAAGAGCCUGCGACUAUCGUUCAUUCGAUUUUUCGAUCAAAACUUUUUUAUUAUCGAUCGUCUCGUUGUUUAUGAGAGAAAACAAGGAGGAUCAUCCUGCAAAAGAGAUUCGACUCGACUCCCCCUACUUUGAAAAUUAGGUAAAUUUUUUAUCGUACGACGAUCAUCGAUUGCUCGAGUUCGAGAGAUCGACAACAUACAUACGUCCGUAUGAGUUUGACGUAUGAGUUUCAUUCGGCGUUAAGACUGCGACAGAUGAGAGCCACAACUCUGCCAUAAUAUAAAAAUCGAAGAAAUACACGGAGGAAGAUUUUUCCACUUCCUUGCGAGAAAAGACUCCUAUUAAUCUUUUAAUUAAUCAAAGACUCGAAUCGUUAUUAAAUACUAAUCGUCGAAACGCGAAUCGUCCUAUCAAGACUUAUACGUUGCAGCAUAGAUUCCCACGAAGAAAUAUCGGUUUCUCCAUUCAACACAGAGUGCAUAUCCCAAACGAGCAAUACGAGCGUUACGAUUUGUUACGAGUUUACUUGGUCUUCCAAUUUCGUAGAUCUACGUUUUAUCUUAUCUACGAUUUUUCAAUCAGUCGUCCUUUUUCAACAAAGAAAAAAAAGAAGAGCGUGAACACAAAUUCCUUUCGAAAGCGUAUUUCUCGUUCGCGUGAACCGGUCACAUGUUCACGCGUAUAUAAAUAACAAGCGAAGCUAGGCAAGUGAAAGAGGAAAAAAUGUUUGUUUCGUCGUUGUCAUCGGUGUUGUUUCAUUCACUGCGAGACUGAAACGUUUUUUUUUUUUUCUUUAGUAAAUGAAACGUGUAGCCUAAAACUUUAACGUUCAAAGCAAAAUAAGAAAAAGGAAAAAAAAAAAAAAAGAAUAAAAUAAAAGUAAAUAAAUAAAAUUGUCUGUAAGAUGUUCGUAAUUACCAAUGCUGUUAAUUGUUAAGGUACGUGUUUGGUUGUACUUACCUCGACGGAAAGAAACGAACGACGCGGAUCGCGAAGGAACGAAGGGAGAUGAAAAGAUUCUAAUUCCGCUUGGUUGAAAGUGAAAGCGAUCGUUUUCGCCGCGUUUGAAUCUCGCGCGUCGAUUAACGAUCGACGGACCGGGCGAUACGCUGUGGGGAAACAGACGACGAAACGAAAAACGAAACGAAAAACCAAAAAAAAAAA